AGCCACUGCAGCAGCAUCAGUCUGGGUUCUUCACCGGAGCCCUACAGACAUAUUCACACAGAGCCCGACAAAGCAGCCUGUCCUCCCAGCACAGCCAUGAGUACCCUCGGCUUUGACCCUUACUACUCCUCCUCCUCCUACCGCCGCUGGUAUGUGGAGGGAGCCCCCCGAGGGGUGGUAACCAGGGGGAGGUCACGCUCGGCCUACUCAAUCCACACCUCUCCCCUGUCCUCUGUGAGCUCCCGUUUGCAGUACUCCUCUCCUGGACGGGCUCUGCAUUCAUCCCCGGCUUCCUCCUCCUCCGUGGAACUGGAGCUGAGCCAGGCGGCCCAGGUGAGCUCUGAGUUCCGCACGGUGAGGACCCAGGAGAGGGCUCAGAUGCAGGAGCUCAAUGACCGCUUUGCCGGCUUCAUCGACCGUGUGCGGGAGCUAGAGCAGCAGAACCGUGCUCUGGAGGCUGAGCUGAUGCUGCUGAGGCAGAGGCAUGGGGAGCCUUCCCGUCUGAGGGCCCUGUAUGAGCAGGAGGCACGGGCUCUGAGGGCUGCCGUGGAGGAGGCGCGUGGGGAGCAGCAGGCCGCCCUGGGGCAGAGGGAACGUCUGGGGCAAACCCUGAGCGCCCUACAGGCCCGCUACGAGGAUGAGGUGGUGGCCCGCGAGGACGCGGAGGGAAGGCUGUUGGAUGCGCGGCGUGGUGCCGACCAGGCCACCCUGGCCAGGACCGAGCUGGAGAAGAGGGUGGAGACCCUGCUGGACGAGCUGGCCUUCCUCAAGAGGCUCCACGAGGGGGAGGUGGUAGAGCUCCAGGCCCAGGCCCAGCUGGGGGCCCAGGUGGCUGUGGAGAUGGAGGCCACCACGCCGGAUCUGUCCGGGGCUCUGAGGGACAUCCGAGCCCAGUACGAGAGGCUGGCGGCCAAGAACAUGCAGUCUGCUGAGGAGUGGUUCCGUGGGAAGGUGGGCUCCCUGACGGAGAGCGUGGCCCAGCACAGCGAUGCAGUGAGGAGCUCCAGGGACGAGGCUGGGGAGUACCGCCGGCAGCUCCAGGCCCGCCUGCUGGAGAUCGAUGCCUGCAGGGGUCUCAAUGAGUCUCUGGAGAAACAGUUGCAUGACAUGGAGGACAAGCAGAGUGCUGAGAUCAAUGGCAUGCAGGAUACUAUUGGCCAGCUGGAGAAUGAGCUGGGAGCCACAAAGCAGGAGAUGGCUCGCUACCUGAAGGAUUACCAGGACCUGCUGAAUGUUAAGAUGGCCCUUGACAUCGAGAUCGCUGCCUACAGGAAGCUGCUGGAGGGGGAGGAGUCUCGUUUCAGUGUGGGCGUGUCCGGGGGUAUGUCCAGUGUCUACGGCCACACCCUGUCGGCCACACCCUCCUUUGGCCGCUCUAUGUUCUCCAUGCAGUCCAGCCUAAGCUCUGGCGCCCCCUACCUGAUGACUUCACGCUUCUUCAGCUCCUCAUUUGCCUCUGGAGAUGAUGUCAUCUCUGCCAGCCUAGCCCAGCAGGACUCUGCCAGCCUACCACAGGAGGAGGAGGAGAAGGAGGAAGAGGAUGAGAAGGAGGAAGAGAAGGAAGAGGAGGGAGAGGAUAAGGAGGAAGAGGGUGGAGAGGAGAAGGAGGAAAAGGGAGAGGAGAAGGAGGAAGAUGGAGAUGAGGGAGGCGAGGUGGAGAAAGAAGAUGGGGAGGAUGCUAAGGACGGCGAAGAAGCUGGGGAUGAGAUGGAAGAGAAGGAAGAAACUGCAAAGGAGGAUGGAGAGAAAAAGGAAGAUAAGGACAAGGGUGGGGAGCAGGAGGGAAAGGAAGGCGAGGAAGAUAAAGAAGAUAAAGAAGGUGGUGAUAAAGAGGAAGAGGAUCAAGCUGAAGAUAAAAGUGAGGAGAAAAAAGAUGACAAAGCAGACACCAAAGAAGAGAAAGGUGAACCAGAGAUAUCCAAGACCGUUGGAAAGAGUGAAAAACCUGCCGAAGAGAAGAAAGACCAAUCUGAAAAACCAAUGGCUAAAAAGUAAGUUUGUGGCCCAAGACUCCACAAGCCAAAAGACAGUCUAGUAAAACCUAAAACAGCAGAAAUACCCAAUAUUUAUGACUUCAGUGUGCUUGUUAACAAGGUGCUCAAUACAAUACAUAUUCUAGUGCACUACUGCAUAAAAUCACUGCUUGCAAAGAUCAUAAGAAGUCAAUUAAAGUCUGGUCACACAAUUCCUUGUGUGUGUGUGUAAGAAUGUGUGUGCUGUGCCUGUGUGCAAGUCUGCGAGAGUGUGGUUUCGGAUGACUGAAUAAAUACUAUUCAAAUGCAGAGUGUGUAAUUUAUUGUUUUUGUGCUUCAUGCUAAAUAAUAACUCAAUUAACAAUAUGUAUCAUUUCUAUGUCAGAUCUGUUCAACUCAACAACAAGGAUGAGUUGUUGAAUAUAUUCGUUAUAAACUUUUAAUUGAAGGUGUGCUUAAAAAAAUGAUCACAUAGUUAACCACAAAUUGAAUGCAUGUAAUGGCCUGCUUACAGCAGGUCCAGACUCAAUUGAUUCAGUCAUCAAUCAAUCCAUUAACAGGUUAUGUGUCAUGAUUUACAAACUGUUUACAAAUGUUGAACAAACUAUCUAUUAAAUGCUUUAUAAGCUGUUUGUAAGAAGA